UGUAUGUAUCGCCGUGUAUCUGUAUUAUGGUGUGCAACAUUGCCGGUCUAUUCCGAAUGUUGUGUAAACACAGUUUAUUUUGAGAAUCAAUUUUAGACGAAAUAUUUUCCCUCUAGAUCAAUUGGCAAAUAGUUCACGUGGAAAAUUGUUUUCGUCUAAGUCGAUUCUAAAUAUAUUAUAACCUGCUGAAUAUGCUUGAAAAAUGGCGGAAUGUGUAUUGAAAACUGUACACAAUUGACAUAUAUUGGAUAUGAGGGAUUUUAAAGGUACUUACAGUGUAACUCUCACAGAUGAACAGUUUUCUUACCACCAUGCCAAACUGUUUGGUAUAUACAACCAUCUGGUUAAAGAUCCAUGGAACACAAAUACAGUGUAUUUGAUAGAUAAUGACUGGAACAUUAGAAGAGCAGUUGGACAUGAUAUGUCAGUUGACUGUGGGCCUAUUGUUUAUACAAUACCAGAUGCCAGUAACCAGCAACUGGUGCCAGGUAGAUGUAAUGCCAGACUCCAUUUCCUGUCUGCUGAUCUAGCUGUCGUUUGCGAUGGAUCUGGUCAAGUUUUUGUUGUCAGCACUGGUAACAGACAAGAAAAUGGCACAGUAACUUGGAAGUGUUUGAUUUCACGAACAUUGCCAGAAGAGAAGACGCCAUGUUUGUUGAUUGAUGCUGUGGAGUUCUCCAAAGAUGAAAACCAUAAAAUUGAGUGUCUGUUGGUACAUGUGAUAGAAUCUACACCAGAACAGAAGGACAAGUAUAGGUCUCAGUAUCUCACUGUACUGGAGUGGAUUACUUUCACCUCAGUGGAUCGCAAGUCAUGGACACUGGACAGAACUCGACAACUUUUGAGCAGGAAACCAUUCUCAUAUGCUUGCUUAAGUAGAGAGGGUGAAGCCAUUACAAUAGCAGGGGAGGCAGACUAUGUCUUUACACAGGACUCUGAGGUGCCUGUGGUCAGUGAUGAGGAAAAGGAGGAAGAAAACUCAGGUCCAAGACCUCCAGAUUAUACAUGGCAUCAGACGCCAGAGGAUUUGAGCGUACAAUUUACUGUUGCUGAGGGUGUUACCAAGGGUGAUAUUUACUUGACCAUGUCUUAUAACCGGAUAGACUUUGGACUGAAGAACAAAUCUGCAUUGUUGAAAGGGAAUCUGUGUGGCGAGAUUGACACAGAAUCUUGUACAUGGACCAUAGAGGGUCGGAGAGUGGACCUUUAUCUUAGUAAGAAAACUGAAGGUAACUGGCCCCUUGUUGUAGAGGGAGACACUCGAGGAGAAAUGCUGGCAGAACCAUCGGAAGUUACAGCAAUACAUGAACGUUUAGCUUCUCUCACAUCUGAGGGAUGGAAUCCAGACCCAGACAAGUGUGAGAAGCCUUACAACACACAGCAGUUAGAGGAAUGUGACAUGUACCCUGAUGAUGAAUCUGUUCUGCUACAUAUAGAUGGAAACAGUCAUAAGGUAUCACACAAGAUUGGACUUGGAAGUCAUCAGUGGCUGUUCAAUGUUGAAAUGGGAGAGAACUCUGCUCCUGGAAUCUGUCUGAGACAUGAUGUUGAUGGGUUGCUAUGGAAACAAGAAGAAAAUGAAGAGUCCCGAUGGUCACACAUAGCAACAUUCAAUGCAUUUGGCUAUGUUCAAGCAUCAAAACAACAGAGAAAAUUCUCUAUGUCUCCUCCUGAUUAUUCCUAUGCUGCGAUAUGUGAUGGUAGCAGACAUAUGUACCUAUAUAGACAGUCUAUUCCUGUAACUACACCCUUACGCAAUAGAAAGACAGGUCAGCAAGUGAAUGCUGUUGCUAAGCAACAAGUUAUCUCCCUGGAUACAACUGAUGAUAUUCUUGGGUUGCAGACCAUGAAUGACAGACUAUUCGUUUUGACAAGGGACAAACUGUUUAUGAUUAAAGUUGGAUGAAAGAUAUUCAUAUUUCCUUGUUAAAGGGACCAAAUGUUAACCUGUAAUUUUUAUCUGUAAUUUUUAUCUGUAUUUGUUAUAUUCAAUCACUUACCAAUUGGCAAUCAACUGACCAGUGUCUGUGGUUUAUGUGUAAGAAAUUCACAGUUCCCAAAAAUGAGUCAGCAAAUGAAAUUGAUACAAAUAAUGCAAAAGGUUUUGUUACAGUCCCGAUUCCCUCCACAAAGAAAUUUACUGUUCAACUAUUUGUACAGUUUUGAUAUUAAGUUAUUCAAGUUACAGAGUAGGAUUAAUUACCUGUGUAAAACAAAAUACUAAAUGUACAUAUAGUAUUAUGAAAAAUAUUGUAAAAAAAGGAAUUUAUUAGUGUAAUAAUAUUUUAUUUUUUUGAUACAUUUAGAAGAAGUAAAUUAAAUCGAUUUUUACCAUAACUUUUUAUGUUCUCACUAAGUGAUAGACACGUUUUUAUUUGCAGAAUAGUGUAGAAAAUAGCCCUAUGUUAGCAAUGUCUUUUAAAUCGCUAAAGUAAAACUAAGCUAAACAGUAUUUUAUAUGUUGCUCUGUCAAAAUACAAAAUAAAACUUAAGUAAAAGAGA